CUGGCACUGUGCAGCCACUGACACUCCCUGCGUGAGUGACCACGGGGACCAUGCUGUGAACAGUGCCGGGYAGAGUAAGUGGGUCUGCUGUGACAUCGGUCUUCCAAGGCUAGGGCUGCUGCGACUGAGGAAUCUGAGGUUUAAGCCCCUCGGCRAGGGUCCCAGCCAGUGCCCUGGAGUAAGAGCGGACGUUCACUGAACAAGGCCAUGCCCAGAGGAUUCUAGAACUUCAAAGGGAGGAAGUAUUUAUUGUUCCCAGGCUGGGAAGAGCUGGGCAGUGCGUGGGAUUCUACUUGGGAAGUAGCCCUGUGUCCGUCCACCAUGUCGCCUAAGAAAGCCAAGAAGAGGGCAGAGGGGGCCAACUCCAACGUGUUCUCCAUGUUUGAACAGACGCAGAUCCAGGAGUUUAAGGAGGCCUUCACCAUCAUGGACCAGAACAGGGACGGCUUCAUCGACAAGAACGAUCUGAGGGACACUUUUGCCGCCCUUGGGCGUGUGAACGUGAAGAACGAGGAAAUCGAUGAAAUGAUCAAGGAGGCUCCGGGGCCCAUUAACUUCACCGUGUUCCUGACAAUGUUUGGGGAGAAACUCAAGGGGGCGGACCCCGAAGAGACCAUCCUCAACGCGUUCAAGGUGUUUGACCCGGAAGGCAAAGGGGUGCUGAAGGCCGACUACGUGCGGGAGAUGCUGACCACACAGGCAGAGAGGUUCUCCAAGGAGGAGAUCGACCAGAUGUUCACGGCCUUCCCCCCUGACGUGACGGGCAACCUGGACUACAAGAACCUGGUGCACAUCAUCACCCAUGGGGAGGAGAAGGACUGAAGCAGGCCAGCCACCUGGGCUCCCGGUCUCCUUCCCAGUCAGCCUCUACCCUGUCUGGCCUCCACCCUGCCCKGCCUCCAUCUCCGUCUGGGUACUUACAGAUGACCACGUGGCCACACAGCCUGCAGCUGGAAAUCCAUCCCGAGGCCAAGUUCAAAUAAACAGGAGCUUGUGUGCUGGU